AUGGCUGCCGAUGUCGAAUACAUCGGCAUCGAUGAUGAUGAUGACGACGAUUUUGGUAUAUUCAGCAUCUCCAAUGACUGCCAUAGUGACGACGAUGACGCCCUCACUGAUAAAUACAACGUUCUUUUAGCAGUGCAGACGAGGCGCGCUGCUGUUAACAAGGAUGAUUCAGCAGAGGAAUUUCUGCUGACUCGCAAGCGGUUGUCCGCUUCGUUUAAGACUCUAUUGCAGACGCAAUAG